AUCACCCUCUUCAUCUCCACCUCACUCACUCUCUCUCUCUCUCUCUCUCUCUGUGUCCUUUUUAUACCCUUUACCGAAAAGAAAAGGAACCCAGAAAACUCAGACAAACAACAAAGAAGAAGAUCACACUUCUUUAGUGAUUAUUGAUUGCCAGAAAUGGCGGGAAAUGAUUGGAUAAACAGUUAUUUAGAGGCAAUUCUGGAUGUGGGUCCUGGCCUUGAUGAUGCAAAAUCAUCUCUGUUAUUGAGAGAAAGAGGCAGGUUUAGUCCUACUCGUUACUUUGUUGAAGAAGUUAUCACUGGUUACGAUGAAACUGAUCUUCAUCGCUCAUGGGUUCGGGCACAAGCAACGAGGAGUCCUCAAGAGAGGAACACUCGAUUGGAAAAUAUGUGUUGGAGAAUUUGGAAUUUGGCUCGCCAGAAGAAGCAGCUUGAGAAUGAAGAAUCUCAGCGAAAGGCGAAACGCCGUAUGGAGCUUGAGCGAGGUCGUCGAGAAGCAACUGCUGAGAUGUCGGAGGACUUGUCAGAGGGAGAGAAGGAUGUUUCAGCUCAUGGUGAAACACCGCGUGCUAGGUUGCCAAGAAUAAAUUCUCUUGAUGCCAUGGAGACAUGGAUUAGUCAGCAAAAAGGGAAAAAACUCUAUCUUGUUUUGAUAAGUCUUCAUGGUUUAAUACGAGGUGAAAACAUGGAACUUGGCCGUGAUUCUGAUACUGGUGGUCAGGUGAAGUAUGUAGUUGAGCUUGCAAGAGCACUGGGUUCAAUGCCAGGAGUUUACCGAGUUGAUUUGCUAACUAGGCAAGUUUCAUCUCCUGAAGUGGAUUGGAGUUAUGGUGAGCCUACUGAAAUGCUUAAUCGAUUAGAUUCCAAUGGUUAUGAUAAUGAUGAUGAUGAUGAGGAGAUGGGGGAGAGCAGUGGUGCUUACAUUGUUCGUAUACCAUUUGGACCGAGGGAUAAGUAUAUACCAAAAGAAGAGCUUUGGCCACACAUUCCUGAAUUUGUUGAUGGAGCUCUAAACCACAUAGUUCAGAUGUCCAAAGUUCUAGGUGAACAUAUUGGUGGUGGGGAAACAGUUUGGCCAGUUGCCAUUCAUGGACAUUAUGCUGAUGCUGGUGAUUCUGCUGCUCUGCUGUCUGGUGCCUUAAAUGUUCCUAUGCUUUUAACGGGGCAUUCUCUUGGCCGAGACAAGUUAGAGCAGCUCCUCAAACAGGGCCGAAUGUCUAAAGAGGACAUAAAUAAUACAUACAAAAUGAUGCGUAGGAUAGAAGCCGAAGAGCUAUCACUUGAUGCUUCUGAGAUAGUCAUAACUAGUACAAGACAAGAAAUAGAAGAGCAGUGGCGGCUGUAUGAUGGUUUUGAGCCGGUGCUAGAACGUAAACUCCGAGCAAGGAUGAAGCGUGGUGUAAACUGUUAUGGAAGGUUCAUGCCCCGUAUGGUUGUUAUUCCUCCUGGAAUGGAGUUUCAUCAUAUUGUUCCACAUGAGGAUGAUAUGGAUGGUGAAACAGAAGAAAGUGACGAACAUCCCACAUCACCUGAUCCGCCUAUCUGGGCUGAGAUAAUGCGCUUCUUUUCUAACCCAAGAAAACCAAUGAUCCUUGCCCUUGCUAGGCCUGACCCAAAGAAGAACAUCACGACCUUGGUCAAAGCAUUUGGAGAAUGCCGCCCAUUAAGGGAGCUAGCUAAUCUUACUCUUAUUAUGGGUAACCGGGAUGGUAUAGACGAGAUGUCUAGCACUAGUUCUUCAGUUCUCAUGUCAGUGCUUAAGCUAAUUGAUAAAUACGACCUUUAUGGUCAAGUAGCGUAUCCCAAACAUCACAACCAAGCUGAUGUCCCUGAAAUUUAUCGUUUGGCAGCAAAGACUAAGGGAGUCUUUAUAAAUCCAGCUUUUGUUGAGCCAUUCGGGCUGACUCUAAUAGAGGCAGCAGCUCAUGGUUUACCGAUGGUCGCUACACAAAAUGGAGGUCCUGUGGAUAUCCAGAGGGUUCUUGAUAAUGGCCUCCUGGUGGAUCCUCAUGAGCAGCAGUCUAUAGCUACUGCUUUGUUGAAGCUUGUCGCAGAUAGGCAAUUGUGGGCAAAAUGCCGGCAGAAUGGACUGAAAAAUAUUCAUCUGUACUCGUGGCCUGAGCAUUGCAAGACAUACUUAUCUCGAAUAGCCAGUUGCAGACAAAGACAGCCUCAGUGGCAAAGAAGUAGUGAUGAAGGGAUUGACGAGAACGAGCCUGAAUCUCCAAGUGAUUCCUUAAGAGACAUAAAAGAUAUAUCUUUAAAUUUGAAGUUCUCGUUAUCAUUAGAUGGAGAAAAAGGUGAAGAUGUUUACAGUCCCGGAAAUGAUGGCAAAAACAAUUUUGAGAAUGCUGUAAUGUCAUGGUCAAAUGGUGCUCAUAAAGAUGGUCGGAAGGCUAGGGUUUCAGAUAAAUUAGAUCAGGCUAAUUCUAGUAAAUAUCCAGCAUUUAGGAGGAGGAAACAUAUAUAUGUUAUUGCUGUAGACGGGGAUUACGAAGAUGGACUUUCUGAUAUUAUUCGGAGAAUAUUUGAUGCUGCUGGUAAGGAGAAGACUGAAGGUUCUAUUGGGUUUAUACUGUCAACCUCCUAUUCAAUGCCUGAGAUUCAGUCAUAUCUGCUAUCAAAAACCUUUAAUCUUAACGAUUUUGAUGCAUACAUAUGCAACAGCGGAAGUGAUUUGUACUAUUCGUCUGUGACUCCAGACGAGAGUCCUAUCGUAGCAGAUUCAGAUUACCAUUCACAUAUUGAAUACAGGUGGGGUGGAGAGGGCCUUCGAAGGACUUUGAUUCGCUGGGCAGCUUCCAUUACUUUAAAGAAAGGUGACAACGAAGAACAGGUUGUCACCGAAGAUGAUGAAGUUUCUACGGAUUAUUGCUUUGCUUUCAAAAUAAAGAACCAAGAUAAGGUUCCCCCUAGCAAGGAGCUCCGCAAAUCAAUGAGAAUUCAGGCUCUUCGCUGCCACGUGAUUUAUUGUCAGAACGGGACUAAAAUGAAUGUGAUUCCAGUACUAGCAUCCCGUUCUCAAGCCCUCAGGUAUCUAUUUGUUCGGUGGGGGGUUGAUUUGUCAAAGAUGGUGGUUUUUGUUGGAGAAAGUGGAGACACCGACUACGAAGGCUUGCUUGGUGGAGUCCAUAAGACCGUAAUACUGAAGGGAGUCAGCAACACCGCGUCUAAAUCUCUCCACAGCAACAGAAACUACCCUCUAUCACAUGUCGUGUCGCUUGACAGCCCCAAUAUCGGAGAGGUGAAAGAAGGGUGCAGCAGCUCCGAAAUACAGUCCAUGGUGACAAAACUCGGAGAUUCCAGAGUCUGAUCAGACGUCUAUCUGCUGUAUGGUCAAGUCCCACAAUCAUCAUGUACUGCUUUCCAUCUACUUCGAACCACAAUACUUUUUAGUUGGAUUAGUCUCUGAAUAAUCAAUAUAUAAUUAUACUCACACAAGUGUAAUAAUAAAGGUGCAAAUCAGUUAUACCUGCACCGUUUCUUCCCCUUCCCUGAAUUCUUUCCUCAUUUCAUGUUUUAGUAAUUUUCUCAAGGUGUACAGUUGAUUUUCUUCA